AUGUUAGCCAUAUGCGAAAUCUCCGAAGUGUAUAGAGCACUCACAGAGAUCCAUAGCACACUGAAGUCCAGGUGUAUUGUUCUGGCAGUUCCCUGUGUUCAUGCAGCGCUGGCAAAUUCUAAUGAGGUGGACGGCGUCAAGAAGUCUUAUCUCAUCGAGGAGGUCAUUGAUGGGAAGUUCAUCAAGUACAUCAACAAUGACAGCCCAGAGCUUCUUCCAAUGGAGAAUCUGGAUCAGGAACGACGAGCAAAGUUCCUCGCCUUUGCUCAGCAUGUUCAGUAUUUCAAGACAGAGUCUGUUUUCAUUUCUGAUCUUCAAGGUGGUGAUACUCUUCUCACUGACCCUCAAAUCACAACCGAUCCCAGUAUCACCAAAGGACAGAUCUUCGCAUCUGGCAACCUGCCCAGUGCGUUUACGAACUUCAAAAGGCUACAUACCUGCAACUAUUUUUGCAAGUGGUAUAAACUACACUCUCUGUCGCUUUCUUCCUCCGACUCCGAGUCCCAUAGUAACCAGCCUCUCUUUGUAGGAUCUGUUGAUUCACCAGAUAAGAUAGCUUAA